AUGUCUACUCUGCCGCUCAAGGCCAUGUCUCGUCUCUGGGGCCGCUUCAACGAGCUCGAGAUCCCAUACUACCUCCGCGUGCCAGGCUUCAAGCUGUACGGUUGGAUCUUUGGCGUCAACUUUGACGAGAUCAAUGAGCCCGAUCUCCACGUCUUUCCCAACCUAGCCUCUUUCUUCUACCGCACACUCAAGCCUGGCGUCCGUCCUCUGGAUCCCAACCCCAAUGCUCUCCUUAGCCCUGCAGACGGCAAAGUCAUCCAGUUCGGUACCAUCGAUAACGGCGAGGUCGAACAAGUGAAAGGCGUCACCUACUCUCUCGACGCUCUCCUUGGCUCGCAAAAGCCCACUCGCGCUACUCCGAACCCACAACCCAGCAAAGAUCGCUCCAAGUCGGCAGACCAAGAGAUCAUUCGCGCAGAUGAGGAAUUUGCCCAGGUGAAUGGCAUCUCCUACACCCUACCAAACCUAUUCUCCGGUCCCGAAAGCAAAGACACUCCCAAGACUGCCGCUGAGGAUCAAUCCACACCUGCAAGAGCUAGUUCCGAACAAGAAGUCCGCGACACGCUCGCUCUAGGCGACGGCGGCGGCGCACAAGACAGCUGGUGGCAACCCGUCUCGACCGCUGCGAGACCCACAGCCCUUUACUACGCAGUCAUCUACCUUGCUCCUGGAGACUACCACCGUUUCCACUCUCCUGCCUCCUGGGUUGUCGAGUCCCGCCGUCACUUUGCUGGUGAACUCUACUCUGUAUCCCCCUACCUUCAACGCACCCUACCCGGUCUCUUCACUUUGAACGAACGCGUUGUCCUUCUCGGCCGCUGGCGCUACGGCUUCUUUUCCUACACUCCCGUCGGCGCCACUAACGUCGGCUCCAUCAAGAUCAACUUCGACAAGGAACUACGCACAAACUCGCUGACCACGGAUACCGCCGCCGAUCGUGCAGCAGCCGCCGCAGCAGCAAACAACCAGCCAUACUCUGGAUUCGCAGAAGCCACUUAUGCCAAUGCUUCUCCUCUCUUGCACGGCCACCCCGUAAAGCGUGGUGAGGAAAUGGGUGGUUUCCAAUUGGGCAGUACCAUUGUGCUGGUCUUUGAGGCUCCCAAAGGUAGAAGACCUUCCUUUGACGAAGGAUGGGGUGAGACUUCUGGCACAUCAGAAGACAGAAAAGGUGGUUGGAAGUGGAAUAUCAAGCCUGGACAGUACGUAAAGGUUGGCCAGGCUAUUGGCUGGGUUCGCGAUGAAUGA